AUCGUGCGUCUCGGGAAUUGCCGGUGUUUGGGUACGCUUGGGAGGAGGGUCCCGACCUAAGGUAGUGAUGCCGUUAGUUGAGUAGAACAAGUGCCCCCGCUGGAGGCUAGUGCACGAUUGAACUGCAAUUGCAACGACCGGCGACACUUAAAUAGUUGACACACAAGUGGUGUCGGGCCUCGGUACACGGUGUGUACAUUGGGUUCUCCAGUUGUCGGAGGCUUCCCGGUUUUACAACCGGCUUUACCAGCGUUAGUGGCUGGUGUGCGGGGGCACGUCACGCAGUGCGGGGUGGACGAGUUUACACUGGAAGUGCGGACAUUGAUGGAGAAUAAGGGACGACGGCACGACACGAGCCCCUUAAUAAAAGCAUUGGCACCAAGUGGAACGAUGGACACUGCUGUCAACAGGAUGGGGAAUUAGUAAGCUAUUAGCACCCCACGGUACGAUAAGACCGAACCAUCGAACAUGCCGACACGGGAAAAGUCAAGCAGGUAUCCAGACAAGUUCCCAAACAACAAACAAAGAAGCGCCAGGCAUGAACCUGUUCUCACCGAUCAUAUGAUCUCCCGCCUCGGACGGUGCAUUGGAAGGGCGUCCGCGCACAGUGUGCCGAAUCCGCACCGAAUCCUCGGGUGCAACCUCGGGAGGAGUCGCGAGCUGCGCGCGCACCAUUCCCAGCAGGGCACGGCACGGCGAUCGCGAAUCGGAAGGGCCCCGAUAUCGGCUUGGGUAUAGGUUCAUAAAUUGAGCACCGGACGUCACUCGCUGUCCUGCGGUCUUUUAGUAAGGAUCCCAAACCGCAACACAGACGCGAUCUCGUGCGAACCAGCAACAGCAGCCCAAUCCGGCCCACCAAUCGAACAAGGAUAAUCCCUACUUCAGCCUUCCUGAUACAGCAAUAACCAUCCACAAUGCCGGGACUUUCGGAUCCAGUCGCGUUCAUUAAGGACUUCGCCGCCGGUGGCAUCUCGGCCGCAAUCUCCAAGACGGCCGUCGCCCCCAUUGAGCGCGUCAAGCUGCUGCUGCAGGUCCAGCACAUCUCGAAGCAGAUCGCCGAGGCGGACCGCUACAAGGGUAUGGUCGACUGCUUCGUCCGCAUCCCGCGCGAGCAGGGCUUCGGUGCGUUCUGGCGCGGUAACCUCGCCAACGUCAUCCGGUACUUCCCAACGCAGGCCCUCAACUUCGCCUUCAAGGACAAGUACAAGCAGGUGUUCCUCGGUGGCGUGGACAAGAACACGCAGUUCAUGCGCUACUUCGUCGGUAACCUGGCCUCGGGCGGUAUGGCCGGUGCCACCUCGCUGUGCUUCGUCUACCCGCUUGACUUCGCCCGUACCCGUCUGGCCGCUGAUGUCGGCAAGGGUAGUGAAGCCCGUGAGUUCAAGGGUCUGGGCGACUGUCUGACCAAGAUCUUCAAGUCUGACGGUCUCACUGGUCUGUACCGUGGAUUCGGUGUAUCUGUCCAGGGUAUCAUUAUCUACCGUGCUGCCUACUUUGGCUUCUACGACACUGCUCGCGGUAUGCUGCCGAACCCGAAGACCACGCCGUUCUACGUCAGCUGGGCUAUCGCCCAGGUCGUCACCACCGUCGCCGGUAUCGUGUCCUAUCCCUUCGACACCGUCCGCCGUCGCAUGAUGAUGCAGUCCGGUCGCGCCAAGUCCGAGAUCGUCUACAAGGGUACGCUGCACUGCUGGGCCACCAUCGCCAAGCAGGAAGGUACCGGUGCCUUCUUCAAGGGUGCCUUCUCCAACGUGCUGCGUGGUACUGGCGGUGCGUUUGUGCUGGUGCUGUACGAUGAAAUCAAGAAAGUUCUGUAAUCCCCUCCACUACCCUUUACCCUCGCUCCUUUACCCAACCCAUCCUCGCUUCCCUUCCACUGUCCCUGGGUAAAGGUGCUCCCUUUGCCUUUGCCAACCCAAUCCUCCAUUUCCAAAAACUCCCUUCUUUUUUCUAAGUCGUGUUCGGUACACGCGUCCUAUUCCAACACAACAACCACCAACGACUCGGAACUAGGUGUUCGAACUGUAUGUACAUGUAACGAAGCUCGUGAAACAGAUUUUUGUAACUUUCCUCAGCCUAACUCCAAGAGUUGGGCGAGAAAAGGGAUACCUACGACUACAAAAAGAAUCCGACAAGUAAACUGUUCUAUCGAGCCAAUAGUGCCCAUGGAGAUCCAAAACUGAAUGUAUUUAAUUGUGUUCGCCCUGAAACGCAAUGCACCAAACGAUGAUCGAGCUACAACCGAAUACCAUGCGUGUUCUUCCAUACUGGGUGGAACCAUUUUAGCGCCGAUCAUUGAUGGAGGUGAAUAAUUUCUGGGUAUGCCACAAAUCACGCAGUAUACAACACCAUCCUACCAACGAGAAGCACACGAUCAUGAUUUUAUUUUAUGAUCAUUCAUUUGUUUUAGGUAGAGAGGGUUUGUUUAACUCGACAUUAGACGUUAAUUAUCGAAACAUUUGCGAGGG